UAAAACGUGGCAAGUAACUAACACCAGCUAGAGGCAUCAACAUCAACAUCACUAUCACCAUCAACAGGAUUUAAAUUCCUCUAUUUAAGUUUUGGAGUCUUUUUUCAACGUUUUUCUACAUCUUCAACAUUUUAAUGCUGUGCGUUAUGGUCGCGUACCAAAACGUUCACGUGAGCUGAAUGGCGGCACGCCAUCAUCCACAGAGGAUCCAAACGCUGUUGUUGUUGUAAAUUCGUGUGAUUUACGGCGUGUCAGCACACCGGGAACACCGAACACACCACAAACUCCACAAAUGUGUUCCAUAGCAUCAUCACCAUCCGAAUUGAGCGGCUGCAAUGCCACCACCAACAAUAACAACUCAAACAGUUCGGGUCUCGUCGGGCCCAACAACGGUGGCGGCGUAGGCGUUGGUGUUGGCAUGGUUGUCGGCAAUCUGAAUGCCCAGCAAUUACAAACGGCCCAUCAUGAGGGUCAUCAUGCAUUGAAUGAGGCCAUGAUGGCGGGCACCGGUACCGAGCUGUCCGUUUACGAUGUCAUUAUGUGCGUUUCUCAGGCCCAUCGCAUGAAUUGCGCCUACACAGAAGAACAGACCAGAGAUUUAAUGCGUCGUCCCUUAAAUGUACCGCCCAAUGGUUUAAUUUCAUCGGUGGCGGAGAGUAUGGAAUUUCAAAAAAUUUGGCUUUGGCAACAGUAUGCAGCACGUGUGACACCCAAUGUUCAGCGUAUUGUAGAGUUUGCUAAACGUUUACCUGGCUUCUGUGAUUUUACCCAAGAUGAUCAACUGAUACUCAUUAAAAUGGGCUUCUUCGAGACAUGGCUAACCCAUGUGGCCCGCAUGAUAACCGAUUCAACAUUAACCUUCGAUGAUGGUACAUAUUUGACUAGACAACAUUUAGAGAUCAUAUAUGAUACUGACUUUGUGGUUUCAUUAUUUAAUUUUGCAAAUACUAUCAACGUUUAUGGUCUCAGCGAUACAGAGAUUGGUCUCUUCUCCGCCAUGGUCUUGCUGGCCUCCGACAGGCCCGGCAUUUCCGAAGCCAAAAUGAUAGCACGAACAAGAGAACGCAUAACCGAAGCCUUAAGAGUACAAAUCGUACGUUCGCGUAAUGGCACCACACAAGCCCUACAACUAAUGCCAGCUCUGGAAGCUAAGAUACCAGAACUAAGAUCGUUGGGUCUCAAACACAGUGCCCACUGUAAUUGGUUGCGUUUGACCAAACCAAGAUUGCCACCAUUAUUUGCCGAACUCUUCGACAUUCCCAUGGAUGAUGAAGCGUAAAUUUUGGACUAAAAUUAAAGUGUUUUUUAUGAAACAAAAUGGCGGCUUGUUUUUUCCGUUAAAAACAAAACAAAAAAAGAUAAGACUACUAAAGCAAAUAUGCAAAAAACAAACACAUAAAAUAAAAUAAAUAAAUAAAAUACAAAAUAAUUAUAAUUAAUAGAAAAAACAAAAACAAAACAAAAACUUAGAGCAGAAAUAUAGAACAAUAGAAGAAUUUAGGACUCAAGAGUCCUAAAACUUCUAAAGGCAAUUUAAGAGAUUUUUCCCUUUUUUUCAUUUAAUAAUUAAGUUUACUACUUAAACAAAUAUAUUUUUAUUUAAAAAAACCAACAAAAAAUUAAUGAGAAUUAAAAAGGGAACAUUAAUUUAAACAAAAAAACAGAAAUGAACAAAAGUAAUUUACAUCACAUUUUUUUAUUUAAAUUUAUUAAUUAUUGUUUUUAACCAUACAAAAAUACAAAACAAACUGCAAAACACAACAACAAAAUAUAUUAUAUCAUCAUUGUAUAAUUUUAAAAUAAAAUAAACUCUAACAAAAAACAAAUCAUAAAAAUAUAAAGUAUUUUAGCUUAAAUAUUAAACAAAAUAAAAUGCCAACUGGCAUUAAAAACACACACUAAGAAAAAUUUACAAAAUAUAUUAAAAA